GUGACAGUUGCUAUGGAGCUUGAGGAGGACUGGCUGGUAGAAUCCUUGCGCUUGUACCAGGAUUUCCAUGCAUUCGACCUCUCCGGUGCCACUCGCGUCCUUGAGUGGAUUGGUGACAAAGGAGUUCUUGUCGCUGGCUAUGAACGCCUGAAAAAAAACGAAAUUCUUCAUCUGACAUUACCUCUCAGACUGUCUGUAAAAGAAAACCAGGGCUUGUUCCCAGAAAGAGAUUUCAAGGUACGCCACGGAGGGUUUUCGGACAGGCCCGUCUUUGAUCUGAAGCACGUGCCAGACACCAGGUUGCUGGUGACCAGUGGCCUUCCAGGUUGUUCCCUGCAGGUGUGGCAGGUUGCCGAGGACAGCGAUGUCAUCAGAGCCGUCAGCACCAUUGCUGUGCCUGAGAGCGAGGGGAGUCUCUGGCCUCGGGUCUCCGUCUUCCCGUCAGCGGCCCCCGCAGUCCUGCACGGGGCGCGGCUCAGCGAUCUGAAGGCCGUGGACCUGGAGUCCCAGAAGACCACGUACGCCUCAGGUGUCGGCGACAGCGAGGAGCUCAGUAGCCUGCAGGCCCUGGACGCAGACACCUUUGCCUUCUGCUGCGCCUCGGGCCGGCUGGGGCUGGUGGACACCCGGCAGAAGUGGGCGCCGUCAGAGACCGCCGGGCCUGGCGGGGGGCGGUGGUGUGCAGAGGUCAGGGGCAAGGCCCCGGGCCCCGGACCCAGCAUCGCCGGCCUUCGCUCAGACGGGCAGCUCUGUCUUCUGGACCCCCGGGACCUCUGCCGUCCCGUGAGCGCACGCCAGUGCCCUGUGUCCACACCCAGCCCUGACCCGGAGCUGCUGCGGGUGACGUGGGCCCCAGGCCUGGACCACUGCGUGGCCGUCUCAGGCUUUGACGGGACAGUGCAGGUGCAUGACGUCACGUCCUGGGACGGAUCGCAGGGCCGAGCAGACCCAGUCUUCACUCACAGAGGCCACGUCUUCCUGGACGGCGGCGGGGCAGGCCCCGCCCCUCGGGUCACCACCCACACCUGGCACCCCUGCAAGCCAAGGACCUUGUUGUCAGCAGCGAGCGACGCCUCUCUGCACGUGUGGGACUGGGUGGACCUCCGCGCCCCCCACUGACGCCAGCCCUCCCGCGGGGCCUCCGGGGAGACAGUGCCGUGCGCACCCCGAGGGGGCUGAUUCGGGGCUCGGGCGUCCGGGUUGCUGAAAUGAGAGUAGCAGUAACGACCUCGGGGGGUGCUGGGGAAGUUAGGGGGAGUCUAUAGAAAAGCACCGGGUAGGGUGCUUGCUGCAAAGGUCUGUACCUGGCUGCUCUCGGGUCCGGGCCCUCGGGGGCGACAGGACCCUGCUGCUUCCAGCAGGUUUGAACCCACAGGCUCUUGGCACCACAGACGCCGUCCCGGCCGGCCGUGGGAGGCAUCCCAUGUCGCGCUGGCCUGCACCGUCGUCCUUCCCUGCGUGCCGACCCUGCAGCCCACCCCCACGCAGCGCGGCUCCCUGUGCUCUGUCUGGUUGGGAGGCUCAGGUGACCCCCUGAUGGAGACACUCGUGUUGGAGCCGGGCGGACCAGGACCCAAGUCCUGGCUCUGUUCGGGUCUCUCCUCUGUGGCAUGGCCUGUCGUAGCACCACCACCUGGCGGAGCGGGUUUUGGUGACCUGUGACAUUUCAAAAAUACAAGUUGUUUCACUGG